AUGUUUGCAUCGGAUCUGGUGAAUGAGGAGGCAGAGUCUGAAAAGGACAAACGCUACGCUCUGUGGUUGGGUGACGUUGUUAUCCUUGGCUUGGGGGAAAACCGGACCAAUCAAGUGCUCACUGCUGCGGCCAAGCGUCGGCCCCGCGCUGUUUCGUUGUACAUUGAAGAAGAUGAAGAAGAGGAGGAGGCAGAAGGGGAUGAGGACGUGGACGGAGAAGGCGCCGAUGCGAAGAGGCGGAAAAAAGAAAAUGCCAGUGCUUCUAAGAAUGGGUCAAAGUCGGGUUCUGGCAGUGGCGGCGGUGGUGGUAGUCUUGAAAAUGGUGACGUUGAUGGAGGUCCAGAAGCCCUUGGCAGAGGGCAUCGGAGGGCCAUUUUGGAUCAAAAAACUAGGAGCGAACAAACCGCGGAGGAAAAACGACUGCAACAGCGCCGGGAGCUCUUCCAGCAACUCCAGGUGAGCGCUCGCAAUCGCCUCUCAGGCCUCAAGACGGACGGAGAAACGGGCCAGAAAGCAAAGUCCAACGUGGCCUACAAGGGUGCCGGGCAGAUGCCCAAGGAGGACGACGUUCGCAAGCUGCGCAUUUUUGUUGACAAGAAGUACGAAACGGUUAUUCUCCCCAUCUUUGGCCACCCCACACCCUUUCACAUCAGUACUAUCAAAAACGUGUCCUCAUCCAUCGAAGCUGAUUACACUUAUCUACGAAUCAACUUCCACCAUCCCGGCGCUGUCAUAGGUCCCAAGGAUGCCUCUAACUUCCAGGUGGGUGCUUGA